CGUAUUUCUUAUUGAACAUAUGUCUUUUAAAUUGUACAAAGAGAAAAUCAAAGUUACAAAAUACUGAUAAGCUAUUUAUAUAUUUCGAUUCUCGGUUCGCACUUUAUGCGUGCGUGCGUUCGGACGUUCGUCAGUUACAGUUGAGAACGUCGCGUAAAUGAGUUCGUACCUUAAUUAGUCAGUGCAAUCCGAUUCAGUGAUACUCUCAUAACGACUUCGAUCGUAGUGUCAACUGCGACCGGUCUCCCAUUUAAUAAACAUGAAAUAUAAAGUGUGACAACUGGUUACUGAAAAGUGAUUGUCUAGUCCUAGUCUAUUAGAAUUAAGCAAAAAUCUGUGGGAAAAUGGUGAUUGAUAAACCUUUAGUGAUUUACAUAAUAUGUGGUUCGGUUACGCUUUGAAAAUUGGCCAUUUCAAACCGUGUAUUUUGCAUUACAAUUGGCUAUAAUGUAGGAAGUAUUUUUUAAAACCAUUAAAGGUUCAGAAAUAGUUUAACAUGUGUAAAUUGGAACACGUCGCUUGCCCGUUGCCGCGUCGAGCAAUCUUAUAGCAUUCGUCUUGUUUCGUUCGAAAACAAAAUAUACAAAUACCGUUAAUACAUACUUUAUAAAUUACCAUAGUUCUCAAUUGGCUGCUAAUUAAAAACUCAACAAUAUAAUCAAAAUGGGGAAGAUCAGUAAAUGCUGCGCAAAAACUGAUGACAACGGUGACUGUCCGGCACACGAAAGACUUUCAAGGAAAUAUUUUUUUAGACAGUUUUACGUAUGCACCGUAUGUACGUCGAUUUAUUUUGUCCUGGGAUUAUGUUUCGGAGCGCCAACCGUCUUCAUCCCGCAACUAAGGAAAGAAGCGAAUUUAACAGAGCCCUUAACAGAUGAUAUGGCGUCGUGGUUGUCGUCCGUUCUUGGCUACAGUUCGAUGCCAUGGGUGAUCAUACUACCAAUUCUCACACAGUACAUCGGAAGAAAAAUCCCUUUUCUAAUUGUGACUGUAUUAACAAUAGUGAGCUUCAUCGUCUUCUACUGCAGUACUACAGCCAUGCACCUGCUGAUCAGCGAAAUCUUACAAGGAGUAACAUUGGCCAGUAAUAUGACCGUCUUAAUCGUCAUUAUUACUGAAUACUCAUCACCUCGCUAUAGAGGCGUUUUCAUGAUGAUCGAAUCGUCCAUUUUCUUCUGGGGAGUAUGGAUUGCGAACGUCACUGGAACCUUUAGCCAUUGGAGAAAUAUUGCCAUAAUUGCCUUUGUGUGCUGCUUGUAUGCCAUGACAGCUGUCAUCAUGCCCGAGUCUCCGUCUUGGCUAGCAAUCAAUGGACGAUUUGACGAGUGCGCAGUCGCCCAUCAUUGGUUAAAAGGAUUUGACAAAGAAUCAGAAGCAGAACUCGAAAAUCUUAUUAAAUCUCAAAAGGAGUAUCUAAGACAAUGCGCUGAGCGUGAAUCAUCAACUUCUUGGUACAAACUUAGAAUCGUUAAAGAAACUGUUACCGCCAAAGGAUUUUAUCAACCACUUCUACUUUCCAUGGGCGUUAUGUCAUUAUAUCAUUUUUCUGGCAAAUUAGUUUGUUCGAUGUACGCCGUCGAUUUAAUAAAACAAAUAACUUCGAGCGAGUCCGCAGCAUAUAUUGGCAUGCUUAUUUUAGACGCUGUAACGAUCCUUGGUAUGCAAAUUGGUUGCGUACUGUCGAAGAUAUUAAAUAGACGGACAUUAUUACUGUCGUCAUCCGUUUUAGGGAUUAUAUUUUUGUUUGUUAUAUCUUUAUACCUUUAUCUGAUCAAUUUGCAAUUGAUAUCUGAAAGUAAGAUUAUUUCCAUUGUGUUACUGACUUCGUUCUCCGUAGCGAUCACGUGUGGUCCUAUGAUAAUGCCGUCUACUAUAUUCGGUGAGAUAAUAUUUUUGAGGUACAAGAGCUGUUCGUUACUUAUCCUUACAUUGUUUUCUGAAUUGUUGAUGGCGACAGUUCUCAAACUAGCGCCUCAUUUGUUCAAAGCUCUUUCGUUGCACGGCGCUUUCUUAUUCUACGGUAUAUCAGCUUCUAUCUUCGCAUUUUUACUUUACAAAUACUUACCGGAGACCAAAGAUAAAACUCUGCAACAAAUUGAGAAUUAUUUCAAAGAGACACAUGAAACUGUAGAAGAAGCGGCUGAAGCGUUUAUUAAUGAGAAACCGGAUAAUGAUGAUCCGAAAUGUUAGAAGAUUUUUAUGUGUUCGUUAUUAUAUUUAAUUGCAUUUACUGUGUAAAUAAUUCGAGUAAUUUAAGUAAUAAUAAAUAUUUUUAAGCAUUG